UUUUACAUCCAUUUGACAGCCUUCCCCCACAUUUCGUUGCACUUAUCUCUUUGUAAGCAUCCUGUUUUUUUUUAUUAUCACUUUCCAACCUCCAUCUAGGAAUUUUGUCUCCAUUCUCAUAAUACAUUUUUUUCCCCAACUUUAGUCACUACGGGGUAAUGGUUUUUCUGCCCAUUGUCGUGUGUCUUAGCACACUCCAUGUGCUUACUAAAGUACAAUUUACACCUGUUAGGUCACGUGCUGCUUGUGUAUUUUGGUUUCUAUUAUAUUGUGUUCCUUCCCCAUUAUUGAUACACAUUAAAAACCGCGAUCAUCUAUAAAUUCUUCUUCCCCUACACAAUUUACAUCUGUGCACUUGCUCCCCCAUAGUGAAUUAUGGGAAUUGAGAACCCUGCACUAUAUUACUUUGUUUUGCAUUGCUUGCCCUACACACUCUAAUAAACCUUUGCAUAGCUUCCCACAUGGAUAAUAAAAAUCUAUAUCACCUCUAUCAGUCCACACCUUAACCCCCAUUGAUAUAUGCUCCGUGUUUACCUGCAUUAUCUUGUAACUGGUUUCAUUCUGUAUGAAUGUUGCCCCUCCUCCACCUUUCCCACACUCCCUAUCUCUAACUACAGAAUACACCUUUAUUCCCAAAUCCCACUGUGGCUUUAACCAUGUCUCUUCAAUACAGAUUACAUUAGGUUCCUCUAGUAAAUGAUCUAUAUAUUUCUUAAACUCCUGUCCAUUUGCCAUUAAGCUUCUUGCAUUCCAUUUUAGUAUAAUUAACACCGUCAGGGGGAUCCAGCCCGCGUUUGGGAUGGUUGUGUUUCUUCAUCUCCAAUGUCUCUAACCGUUUCCCGUUGUAACCCUUUCCCUUCCAAGUACUUCUCAGCUGACCUGACAAUUCAUUUUUUGAAACCUUGGAACACUUUGACUCGCUGCACCUGUGCUGCUCUUUUGCUGACCUGGUGUAGUUUCCUCCAGAAUGUGCAAUUCACCCGAGCUCCUGGUCUCCAAAGAGACCAUGGACGCUCCUUGUUAUGUAUCCUCACCACCAGCUCCACCAGCAGCUCCACCACUGCUCUCCUUCAAAGGACCUCCAUCUCCACCCUACCCUGCAGCCUCUUCCAAAACCAAGAUGACCCGCAUCCAUCAGCCUGCUGCCGGGUACGGCUCCCUCCUGGACUUCCACACCGAGGCCUCGACGGACACAACUCUGCUGAUGGACUCGUCUUCUUCUGAUGACCACAAAGUGAGGAGAGCGUUCACCAAAAAGGUGUUCUGGAUCCUGACCCUCCAGCUGCUGUUCUCCUUCGGCGUCUUGUGUGCGUCCUUCUUUGUAGUGAAGGACGCACACAACAAGUGGCUCUACGUCGGCUCCCUGCUCACCUUCGGCGGCUUCACCGCCGCCCUCAGCAUCUGCAAGUCCUUCAGCCAACGUCACCCCUGGAACAUGGAGGGAUGGACUCAUUAUUACGAUGUUUUGGACGCUCUUCUGAUGACUCUGACCGUGGACGUGGUCGCGUUUGCGUACCUACACGUUCUCGAUUAAAAUAUAUAGUUUCUGCUGAUUUUUUU